UGUUGCCAUCCCUACCUCCCUCCACUUUUUCCUACCCGCUACAAUUCCUCUUCCACUGAUGAAUGCUGAUCCAGCCAGCGAGCAUAUUUCAUUUUUUCGACAGUGGAGAGGCGGAAAACCAGAAAGAGGAUCGGACCAAGGCAACAGAAUAUUCAGCGAGCGAGAUCUAGACUCAUUAGCACUUCGCUCAGAAGCUUUGUCACUGCAUUCUGGAUUUCGAAGCAAGCUAAGGAAAAGAAAAGCAAUCCUUUCCAUUAUCUAUUGGCUUCCCUGUGUAAGAUCUGCUUCGAUCCUCGUCGUCGAUUCAAUCUCUGAUAUCAUUGGAUCACCUGAAUUGUCGACUGCAAUUCCCCUUCUCAAUCCAUCUAGGGUUUAUCUGGCUCAGUGGGAGCUUAAUCUCCACUCUCUUCCCAGAACUUGGUAUUUCUGGGGAAAUUUGAACUCAUAUGGUUGCCAUAUCGUGAAAAUACAUGGAUUCGCAGCCUUCCCUUCCGGGAAGGUCGUCACUGGCCGACUCGUCGACGGCCACAACUUCGUCCUUCGCCGUCCCUAGAACCAAUUCCUCACUGACCAAUUCACUGUCCGAUGCUAGCAGCCAGAGCCUCUCUUCAAUCCUCAACAAUCCGCACGUCGGCAAGUCUGGCGUUUACGGCACCGAUGCGCCCUGGGUGGGCUGGUGGUCCUCCUCUUCCACUGCCGUAGCGCCGCCGGAAUUCACGCCAUUGAUAUCCAGCAAGGCGGCUUCAGACGUGUCGAGAUCCGACUUCCAGAGCUACUUGUCUUCUAUAUCCGAGUUCUACUACCGAUUCGAGGACAUUAGGAACCACACCACCAAAGAAGAGAGUCUUAAAUUGGAGAGCAUUGGGGGGCAAGGGGAGGCGCUCGUAGCGUGUUUGAGGGAGGUUCCGGCUCUCUACUUCAAAGAGGAUUUCGCUUUGGAAGAUGGGCCAACUUUCCGAGCCGCCUGCCCUUUCUCCAAUGUCUCGGAGAACUUGGUCUUGCAGGAGAAGCUGUCUCAUUACUUGGAUGUGGUGGAAUUGCACUUGGUGAAGGAGAUUUCGCUCCGGUCUAAUUCCUUCUUUGAGGCGCAGGGAGAGUUGCAGGAUCUUAAUGUGAGAAUAGUGGAAGGUUGUAGCCGGAUUCGGGAGUUGAAGGAGACCAUAAGACUUCUGGAUCAGGAUUUAGUAGAGUCCGCCAGGGAAAUUCAGGAUUUGAAUGGCACCAGGGGCAAUAUGUUAGCUUUACAACACAAGUUGAGAGUUAUACUAUAUGUUAACCAGGCGCUUUCUGCCCUUAAAUUGCUUGUUGCAUCAGGAGAUUGUGCUGGUGCUUUGGAUGUUACUGACGAUUUGCAGCAUUUGUUGGAUGGAGAUGAACUAACUGGUCUUCAUUGUUUCCGUCACCUUCGCGAUCAUGUUACUGCUUCAAUAGAUUCUGUGAACAGCAUUCUUUCUGCCGAAUUCUUGCGUGCUUCAAUACAUGAUGCUGGAGAUACAGAUGUGAUAAUUUUGUCCAAAGCCAAAUCUUUGGCUUCCAGCCCAACGAAUGGUAAAGUUGAUGAGGUUAAGUUGGAUGAUGAAGAAACGUCUAAUUUCCGUGAGCGUCUUCUUCCAAUAGUUGUUGGGUUGCUGAGGACAGCUAAGCUCCCAUCAGUUUUGAGAAUAUAUCGCGACACUUUGACUGCUGACAUGAAAACUGCCAUUAAGAAUGCUGUUUCUGAGCUUCUGCCAAUACUCAUUGCUAGACCACUGGAGUCAGAUUUCACACCUGUAGAGCGAACAGUAGAUGCUGAUGGUGGAGGUUUAUCUCUUGCAAGCAAGUUAAGGAGCUUGUCAGGCGAAAGUUUUGUUCAGAUUUUGGGUGCUAUUUUCAAGAUUGUACAGUGAAUGCAGGUUCAUUUGAUGCGUGCUGCUGAAGUGAAAAGAGCAAUUGAAUGGAUCAUGAACAACCUUGAUGGACAUUAUGCGGCUGAUUCAGUUGCUGCUGCAAUUGCUGUUGGUUCCGCUGCUGCUGAAGCUACUCAAGGGAAUGAUGGUCAAGCUGGUUCGCUCUUUCCAUUUUUUACCCAGAAGAGUUCCACAAAGGUACAAUCAUCUCAAGGGAGAAACAAUGAUUCAGGGACUGCAUCAAGUAUGUCAAGGAAUUUCAGAGCUGAUGUUUUGCGGGAGAAUGCUGAGGCUGUAUUUGCUGCAUGUGAUGCUGCUCAUGGAAGAUGGGCAAAACUCCUUGGAGUUCGUGCCCUUCUUCAUCCCAAGUUGAGAUUGCAAGAAUUUUUAAGUAUAUACAACAUCACGCAAGAGUUUAUAUCUGCCACAGAGAAGGUUGGUGGAAGAUUGGGAUAUAGUAUUCGUGGAACAUUACAGUCUCAGGCCAAAGCAUUUGUUGAUUUGCAGCAUGAGAUGCGGAUGACAAAAAUAAAGGCUGUACUUGAUCAAGAGACAUGGGUGGAGGUAGAUGUUCCUGAUGAAUUUCAGGGCAUAAUUACUUCGGUGUUUUCUUCUGAAACUCUGAUGUCUGCGGAUCUAGAUGCUUCACAGGCUGAUAUUACAGCUAGCCACCCUUCCGCAAGCAGUGAUGGUUCGGUUGUCCCUGACAGUGAAAAACAUGCAGCUCAACAGCAACUUGUGGGGAAGGAUUCAAUUAAGAAGCUAAAUAAUACUCAAGGACAAUUGCAUCCAUUGUCUGAAACAACUGAAAGUAACAAAGCUGAUGUAGUAACAUCAUCAGCUCAUGGUAACAAUAAGAACACGAAGGAUCGUGGAAAAGUUACCUCUCAAAAACUCUUCUACGGAGGUGUUGGCUACCACAUGGUUAACUGUGGCUUAAUAAUGGUGAAGAUGUUGUCCGAGUACAUUGAUAUGAACAACUAUUUGCCCGCAUUAUCUUCAGAAGUUGUACAUCGUGUUGUGGAGAUUUUGAAAUUCUUCAACACAAGGACUUGUCAACUUGUCCUUGGAGCCGGUGCCAUGCAGGUGUCUGGAUUGAAGUCAAUAACUUCUAAACACCUGGCCCUUGCAAGUCAAGUCAUCAGUUUUACAUACGCUAUAAUUCCUGAAAUCAGGCAGGUUCUAUUCCUUAAGGUACCUGAGACACGGAAGGCCUUGCUGGUAUCAGAGAUAGACCGGGUCGCACAGGACUAUAAAGUUCACCGAGAUGAAAUACACACAAAGCUGGUCCAGAUAAUGAGAGAAAGAUUGUUUGUACAUCUACGAGGGUUGCCUCAGAUUGUAGAGGGCUGGAACAGACCAGAAGAUGCUGACCCACAACCUAGUCAGUUUGCUCGAUCCCUUACCAAGGAGGUCGGGUAUCUUCAACGUGUUCUGUCAAGAACUUUGCAUGAGUCUGAUGUCAAAGCGAUUUUCAGGCAAGUUGUUGAAAUAUUCCACUCUCAAAUUUCUGAGGCAUUUUCACGGGUAGAAAUUAGCACUCCACAAGCAAAGGACAGGCUGCAUAGGGAUGUUGCUCAAAUUCUUGGAUGCAUUAGAUCAUUGCCUUCAGAUAAUAACUCGAGCAGUGAAUCCAGUACCCCUAACUGGGGACAACUUGAUGAAUUCUUGGCAAAGAAGUUUGGAGCAGGAGCUGAUUGAGAUCUAUCACUGCCCAGACGCCGAGUGGAUUGACCUGACCUUUUUCAAAACUGUGACAAUAUUUCAGGAAUGUUGAACCAGUUCUCGGCUCAUACACUCUGUACAAUGAAUUUGAGGUGUUGUCAAUUUUUUAGGUAGGAUGUGGAUGAUUUUGAUAUGACAAUCCCAAUCCAAUGCCAGGGCUCCGGCGGUUUAUCACUGAAGCCAGCGAGUUUUUUUGUAGCUGUUUUGAACCAGUCCACAUACAACUCACAGUUGGAAUAGUGAACAUAUGGAUACUGCUAGUUGCUAGCUUGUUUCUUCCAUGUAAUCGAUUGCUAGAUGCAAAAGUUUGAAUGUAUUCUUACAGGAGACUGUAUUCGUUUAACUUUAUGUCUUCUUUUUUGUCCCUUCAUUAAUUUAGCUUGCCUUCGAUGAAGGCGCCUUGUGUAAAUGCAAAACAUCGAGGUUUUGAUUUUCGUUUUUAGAACGUUGCAUUUCACGCACGACGUCUUCUUUGGCUUCUCUAGUGUGUUUGUGUUUGCCCUGCGUUGUUCACAGUGUUAGGUUUGGCAAUUGUGUAGUUGUCAUGUUUGUUAUUCAGGUUGUAGUACAUAGAUACGGGCUAAGAUCAUGUGAUUAAGGGGGUCCUUUAGUCACAUGACUAAAUGAAUCCCCAUUGCAUCUCAUUA